AAAAGCAUGUCCCCGUGCGAUUUCUGCUACCACCCCUGUCAUUGCUGGGUGCUGUCGAGAAGAGGGAAUAUUGUAUAUGAUACCCCUCUGCGGGGCACGGGCGGACCCCCUCAUCCUUCACUCAUUCAUGUCUCCCAGCCAGGCGAUGUGAUAGCAUGAUAUGCAACGCCCAAAGAAAGUCGCCAUAAUAGGCGGCGGUCCCUCGGGCCUAGUAGCAGCCAAAACGCUGCUCCAGAACCAUCCAGAAGGGACAUUUCAGCCGGUGAUUUUCGAAAAACGCCAUGAUAUAGGCGGUCUAUGGCCUACGGAGCCCCCAGCCGCUGAGAAUGAAAGCUCCAGCUGCCGGCCGACGCGCGGGCUGCAGGUGGAUCCGCUGAUGAGGACAAACCUCAGCAGGUUCUCGGUGGCGUUUUCCGAUCUGGCGUGGGAUGCAGUAUUCGAGGGACGGGAUGUUCCUAUGUUUCCCCAGGCGUGGCAGGUGGGGGGGUAUCUGAAGAGGUAUUCGGAGAAGUAUCUGUCGCCGGAUGUGCUUCGGCUGGGCCAGCGGGUUGUUCGCGCUGUCCGCUGUGCUGAGGCGAGGCCGAGUGAGCGGUGGACUAUCCAUUGGGUUUCGGAUGAAAGUACAGGUCAGGAUAAGGACAGCCAAGAAGAAAGCAGUGAAACCUUCGACUUCCUCUUGGUCGCAUCUGGAUACUUCUCGAGUCCUCACACACCAGAUAUCCCCGGGCUAGAUAUCUUUGCUCACAGGGCUAUCCACAGCUCAGCUCUGAACAAUGAGGGCGAUAUGCGCAAGUUUCUGAACACUGCCAGAACCGCAGGUGGUAAAAUAGUUGUCAUUGGAGGCAGUAUUUCUGGUGCUGAGGCUGCAUCGGCAAUCUCACUUCACUUGUCCUCUCUCAAGCAUUCACUACAUUCGUCCCAAAAUGCACCGCACUUUGAGGUGUACCAUGUUUGUUCAAGGCCAUUCUGGACAGUCCCAUUUUACAUUCCACAUACGAGCUCGUCGGCUGCUGCUCAGUCACCCUCGACGUUCUUACCCGUUGACCUAGUGUUCUAUGACCUAGCACGGCGUCCACCAGGACCAGUCGAAUAUGCCUAUGGGCCUAUCGGUCAAGAACAGGCUACGAAAUUAAAUGAUUAUUUUUUCUCUUUGUUUGGAGGAGAGCACAGACGCGUCGGAAGUGUUGAUGUCCAUAUAAACGACAGAAAAGAUCACCGCAAACCACCGUCCUGGGUAGCCAUUCAAGACGACUAUGCAGAAUAUGUGCGCGCAGGGACAAUCAACCCAGUUACUGGACGGGUAUGCGCUGUGAAGCCUUUCUCCUCUGACAAAGCGAGCAUCGAAGUGACUCUUCCAAAUGGCGAAACGAAGCUCCUAGACAACGUUGCUGCCAUCGUCACGGCCACUGGCUUUACACCAUUUACCUCUAUAUCCUACCUUCCAGAGGAUGUCCUCACAACACUGGAGUACUCCCCAAGCGACUCCUUCCUAUCCCUUGUUCUAGACGGAAAGGGUACUUCCCACGUUGACAUACCCGACCUAGGGUUCGUCGGGUUCUACCGCGGUCCAUACUGGGGCGCCAUGGAGAUGCAGGCGAAAAGCCUCGCGGCAACCUGGUCCCGAGGUAAAUCCGAGGAUCCAAUUGAGAUCCCGAGCCAUGAGGUUGAGUCACGAUCUCAAGAAAGACAAGCCAUUCGCAAUCUUAGGCGUGCCGAUCCGCGCCUGCAGCGUGGUCAAUUCCCCAUGGGCGACUACGUGGGAUUGAUGGAGUCUUUUUCCAGAGAGCUAGGGAUCUGUCGUACUCCACUCUCCAUACCGGAGGGUGAGCCAGGGCCUGUUAUACCUGCGCGGUAUACGGGCAGUAAACCCAACGCAUGUUGCGUGGAGAGAGGGAAAACCGCGGGAGAUCAAGACGUUCGUAUUGUUUUGGAAUCCCUGGAGAAAACCCUCUCUCCCAGUCCUGAUCUACCGAAUAUGGCUACCGCCGCCGCAGUCUUUCGGGCUCUCCAUGGGACCUGGCGAUUCUCGCGGAAAAACUCUACCGGGGAGAAGAAUGCAUCUGGUACAGUGACGUUCUUUCCGCGAUAUGUGUCUACCCCGGGAUACGAGAAGGAAUUCCUCUGUGAAGAGAUCAGCGAAACAGCAGUGGUUAGACGCAGUGUUUACCGUCUCAAGGACUCAUUCUUGCAACCCUGCGGCCCACACAUACAAGUUUGGCUAGAGGACGUCGUUGGUGGAUCCACUGAGAUUUACCAUCGUUCUUAUGGAAUGAAUGCUACGCUGCCCCAGCGGGCUAGAGAAGAAACGCAAACACUGGACGAGCUUGUUGUUCACGCAACGAGUACAAUAGGGGGUUCUCAGUCGGACCUACGCAAAAAAUACUGCUACACAUUCCAUUUCGAUGGGGUAAGCAUAUCGUUCUGGAAAUGCACCGUAUAUGCCGAGUCAACCAGCAGCGUGGACGCGAGUGCAGACAGAGAGGUCGAGUCGACGAUAUACUCACGGGACAGCUUAGUCCCAGUCUCCGAGUAAAUACAAGAUGAAUGAACGCGGGACACCAAUUUAAUU